AUGGGGAGGAUGACUCUGGGUGCCUCUCCUGCCGGCCUCUUGCUCCUCGCCGCGCUCGCCCUCAUUUGCACACGAUUCUCACUUGUGCUUUCAGCUGCCGGCAUAAUGAAGGCAGCAGCGUAUGGCAACACCACUGUUGAAAGGACCACACGGCAUGACACGGUCAACGCCGCAGCGUACGGAGAUGACACGCUCAACGCAGCGGCCAAACCAGCGGGCAAGAACGACACGAGGAGGGUUCUCGUGACCACCAGCAGUAUCAUCGCCACCAGCGGCGGCAGCGGCGGUGGAGCUGCGGGCGAGAAGGUCAACGCGAGGAGGGCUCUCGCGACCACCCCCAGCACCCCCAGCUUGCAGGUUGCGACGGCGGUGGUGGUGGGCAAGACGCGGCUGGACUUCAGCAAGCAGGUUGCCGCGGCCCCCGAAGGAGCCGCGACGGGCGACGGGAAAAGGGGGGGGGGGGGCGGUGCACCGGUGCGCCGCGGCUGGCGGCGGGGCAUGGCCGGGGCGGGGCCGGGGCCGCUGUAG